AUGGGCCAGCUUUCUGCCUACACAUUCGCCGUCAUCAUGUCCAGCAUUGGCCUGGUAGCUGCGAAGAGCUGCCACACUGGCGGCGUAUACUGCGGCACCUCCCUGCAGCACAGAGGUGACUACAGCACCAAGAUCAUCACCAACCUCCGUGCGGCCAACGAGCCCACCGAUGCCCAGCACAUCUCGAACUCGCUCUGGGACUGCGUCGAACACGGCGACAUCAGCUACCGGGAAUUCUGUUCCCUGGGCUGCCACGGCGGCGACGACAAGGACGACUACUGCAACGGGUCGCCCGAGCAGGCGGCUGAUGAGGCAGGUGAUGCUGCUGAAGAUGCUGGCGAGGCUGCUGCUCGAGCGGUCCCAUUCAUGGCAUGA